AUGUUAAAAAGUUCACUUGUUGUGGACGAGAGUGGAAAACCUGGAGUUGAUGGACACUCUGGUAGAAGGUUUGUACUUUUAAUUGUUUAUAUUGACGUUUGGCAUGCUAGUGGAACGGAUGGUAGCUCAGGAAGUAGUGGAAGUUCAGGGAGAAGUGGUGGAAAUGGUCAAAGAGGAGCAAAUGGCAUGAACGGAGGAAAUGGAGGAAAAGGCACAAAUGGUAGUCAUGGUACAAAUGGAACUAGCGGUCAACAUGCCAAAAACAUUAAAGUGACAAUUGAAGGAUUAGACCACAAGUCAAUUGUUGUGAAAGGUUCUGCUAAUGAAACUUUAUGCUUGGAUGAUGGAUCUGUCAGAGCUCUAGUAUUCCUUGCGAAUGGAGGUGAUGGAGGGCAUGGAGGCAAUGGUGGACGUGGAGGUGAUGGAGGCAAUGGUGGUCAUGGUGGAACCGGUGGCCAUGGAGGCAGAGGACAUAACGGUCCUAGAGGAUGUUCUGGAGGACAUGGAGGAGAUGGAGGAGAUGGUGGAAAUGGUGGAGAUGGAGGAGAUGGUGGAAAUGGUGCCAAUGGAGGAAAUGGCGGAAAUGGUGGAUCAAUCAUUAUCGAAACUCAUAACCCAUCUCUUCUGAAAUUCAUUCAUACAGAAUAUCGAUCUGGAAAGAAAGGCAAAGGAGGACAUGAAGGAAGUGGUGGUUACAAUGGAAGUUCUGGAUCUGGUGGUUCUGGAGGAAGUCCAGGAUCAGGUGGUUCUCCAGGUCCUGGUGCAAGUGGUCAAUCGUUACAUUGUGGCCACAGUGGAACUCAUGGAAGAGGUGGUCAAUCAGGAAGUUCAGGAAAUUUGGGAAGAUGUGGAGUUGAAGGUCAGGAUGGACAAGAUGGUAAUGAAGGAACUAUUCAAUUCACUGUCUUUGAUCCAGUCACUAAUCAAGUGUUGGAUCAAGGUAGCUCAGUGUUUGAUUUAGUGGUAAAUUCGUUCCAGUUGACUGCUGUUGAAGAUGAUGGAGUUUUUGAACCUGGAGAAGCUGUUUUUAUUUCAAAUGUGAAGGUGACCAAUCAAGGUGGUAUGAUAUUGCCUAUUGGAAGUGUCAUUUCCUUUCCAACAAGUUUGGGACAACAAAGUUUCGUUUCGUCUGGAGCUUUUUAUAUUUUACAACAAGCUCUGCAUCCUGGUGAGACUUUUAUAAUUCCAUUUCAAUUUUUUGGAACUAUUUCAGAUACUCCAGAGCCCCAGCCAUCAUUGUUGGGUCAUUACAAGUCAAUUAUGCCAAUUCAAUCUUUGGCAACUUUACUCACAUCUCCAUUCGAAACUUUCCUAAAGAAUGAUUAUACUAUUCAAUAUCCAGUUCAAUUAGAAUCAAUCAUUGCACCUCCUCAAUUAGGAAGAACCGAAAGAGGAAUCAUAACUUUAAAUUUUAGAAACAUUUCACAAAUUAAUUAUGGAUGCAAUGACAAGACUCAUUUAAAGUUUAGUUUAGUCUUUGAUCCAAGAUUUAUUGUGCAUAAUGAACCUAAUUUGAAUGGAGUUAAUGGAGUAGAAGAAGACAUACCAAUGAUUCCACCAGGAAUGACAUUUUCAAGAAGUUUCCAAGUUGAAAUUAAUGAUCUAGCUCAAUUCUUUGAAAUUGUUCCAUUUAAGGCAAGUUUAUUCUUGAGAGGAAAGAAAAUUGAAAAUGCAGAAAGCAUCAUUAGAUUAACUCCCAACUUUACCCCAAUCGCCAAUCCAUCUCUGAAUCCAUUCGAUGUUUUAUUCUUCACCGAUAGACACAUUCAAAGACCUGAAUUCUUAUGUUACGUCAAAAUAUUCGAAGGUUUAGGAUUAUCAAUCAAUAUUUGGGAUAUUGAAAGAUAUGGAAGUGCUUCAUUUAUUAGAGGAACCACAAACAGACAUCCAAUUUCCUGGGUGAAUGGCGGCUUUGAGGGUAAGAUGAUAAUUCUUCCAAUGCUCAACCAGGGAGAUGAUCAACAUUUGGGAGCAUCUGAUAUUCUACAAUUAUUGAGAGGACCUAAUUGGAGAGAUGAUCAUACACAUGCAACGAAUGGGUCUUUAUUAUUUGUGGGAAGUGUUGAUGAGGCCAAAUUUAAAAGUCGUCUCUUUUCUCCAGUUAUGGAAAAGGAAAUUCCUGAAAGUGAGCUAAAGGAAAUGUUUCUACUCAACUCGCCAAAUGAUGGACAUUUAGCCAAGAGAGUGAAUGAUUAUAUUCAGAAGAAUUGCUUGAAAAAAGCUCAAAGUAGAAUCUUUGUUUCACACAAUGUCAAAUAUAAUCCACAAAAAAGUGGCGCGCUGUCAAAGACUACUUUGGGAACAGCAUUUUACAAGGAAUUACCAUUGACAGUUUCAGAUAAUCUAUUCUUUGUUCCAUCAAUGAGUGGAAAUUCUCAAAAUUUCUUGAUUAUUGAUGCUCAGGAUAAUUUGAAUUCCAAUCAAUUUAUAGUCAAUUCUAAUUUUGGAAGAUUGUUUUAUUCAGUGAUGAUUUCUCUUCCAUUGGAAAAGAAGUUGAAAUUGUUGAGACAACCGACAGAAUGGUUGAAGAAUUUGACAUUUGUUGAUGAAACUGGAAAGAUAGUGAGCUAUGUCAGUUCCAUUAUUCUUUCGCUUAAUUAUUGCAUGUUUAUGGAAAUUAUUUAUAAGGAAGAAAUUGGAAGAUAUACCAAUAUUAUCUUGAAAGAUUUCGAAUCAAACAUUUCAGAAUAUAAGAAUAAUCCUCACUGUCAAGUCAUUGCAGAAUCAUUAUACUUUGUAAUUACCAAAUUAAGAAAAGAUUUAAAGUGGAAAGGAAUGUUACUCUCCAAAAUCAAAGAUAACAAACAAUCAUUCUCCAAAUUCUGCAAGCCUUUCCAAAAAACUCUCUUUUCCUUACUUGAUCCAGCUCAAAUUGAUUUACUUAAAAAGGAAACAAAAGAAAAGAUUAAGAACAUUACAACCAAACAAUCAUUUGCAGUCAAUUUGAAUUUCAUUCAAAGACCACUCAUUGAUGAUUAUCAUCACACAUUGGAGAAUCAGCUCACUAAGAAUGUAUUCGAUUCUGCAUCGAAAGCUCUUUCAAAGAAUUUCAAAUUUGCUUCAGAGGAAGUUACCAAAGCAGGAGCCGAAUUCUUAAAUUAUUAA